AUGGUGUCCGUCGCGGACAAACCCUUGGUGGGAUCUUUCACACUCAAUGAAUGGGAAGCUUUCCUCAGCAAGGAUCCACCCAACGACGGCGUCCGCCUUCUCUUGCGCAAAUCCAAGUCCACAGCCCCUGGAAUCGAGUAUACUGAUGCGCGGGACAUGGCCCUAUCUUUCGGCUGGGUCGAUAGUACAGCACGCGGCCACGAUGAUGACUAUCAAGAAAGGUGCUUCACACCGCGUCGCGCCCGCAGCCGCUGGUCACAGGUGAAUCGGGAGGUGGUCGAGAGGCUGAUAGCCGAGGGCAGGAUGCGCCUAAGUGGUCAAGCGGAAGUCGACCGAGCGAAAGAGGAUGGGAGGUGGGAUGCUGCGUACCGUAUGAAGACGGCGGAGCCUGACAGAGAGUUCCAGGCGGCUCUUGAUGCAAAUUCGCGCGCGAAAGCGUUCUGGGGCACGUUGGGGAGAACGAAAAAGUUCCCCUUCUUGUUCAGGCUCAUGAACAUCAAGAGACCAGAGACGAAAACGAAGAAGAUUAACUUGUUCAUCCAAAUUUUGGAGAGGCAUGAACUUCUCAAGUCAUGA